GCGACGUCCCAUCUGACAUAUGUCAAUCAUGUAAAUUACUUGUAUAUUAUUUUUCCCCACUUUGCGAUGGAUUUCAAUGUUUAUCGUUCGGACUCUGAGGUGAACGAACCGAAAAAUCACGACAUAAUAAUUUUGCACGACCGCAUCGCCAGAAGGAGGGAAGACAGGUACAUAGUCAACUUCGCCCAAUGUCUGGAGUCCUCCGGCUACCAGGUCACGCUAGUCACCUCGGAAGUUGACGAGAAGAACAACUGUUUGGACGACAUAAAGCUUGCAGGAAACAUAAAGAUCGAGAAACGAGUGAGAUGGAUCCCCAGGCACUUUUUCGGUUUUCUCCGCUCGACCCUUUCCACCUACCGAGGUCUCUGCCUCGCCCUCAGCCUCCUCCUGAAGAGCCCCUCCAAGAAACCCUGUGUCGUCCUCAUGGACGUCGAUCUGAUAGCCCUCUUCGCCCUCAAGAUGCUCAGCAGGUUUAAGGUUUUCUACAUCGAACAGUUCCGCAGCCUUCGUAAUCCCGAGGCCUGCUACGAUCACGUCCAGCUGAUCCCCAACCUUUUCGAGGCCAGAUGGGUCAAGCUGGCCGACGAGGUCAUCGUGGAGUCCCCGGCUUUCGUGGACAUCUUCAGAAGGAGCUUCCCCUCGGCUGUCGAGCCCAAGGUUAUGAUACCACUGGUGGACUACGGUCUUUGGAUAGAACCAGGCAUUAACAUCAACCGAAUCAUCCCAGACUUGUCGGAAAAAUCAGUGCUGUUCGUGGCCUUGGGGAAGUUCAGAAGGAACUCAAACUUCAAGCUGGUGUUGGACUCUUUCGAGGAGAUGCUGUUACAGUCUGAGGAUUCCUACUUCAAACAACGGGCGCAUCUGAUCGUAGCUGGAAACUGUAGGGCCAACGAAGAGAGGAAAUACUACCAGAUGUUUGUGGAAAGGCUGAAGAGGAGAUGGUUCGCUGCGCAGGUCACAGUUUUGAGGCAGAUACCUACGAUCCACACCAAGACCCUACUGAUAGAAGCAAGCGUGGUACUCCACACGUCAAGAAACGACAUCUGCUCAGACUAUCUCCUGGAAGCCAUGAGCUUAGGUAAACCUAUAGUGGCAGUGAACAAGGGAAUCGCCAGCAAGGUGCUAGAGAACAGGAUAACCGGUGUUUUGGUUGAGCCGCAGCCGCAUCUUUUUGCUGCUGCUAUGAUGAAGGUAGCUUCCAGUCCCCACAUUAAGAACUUCUUGGGAGAGAUGGCGAAAGACGCUUUCAAUCACAAAUACUCGUUCGAUAGCUUCGCCAGAAGGAUGUACAAUUUGGUGCAGCGGCAUGUGCUUCCCUUGGAGAGGAUAAUGGCGACAGAGAAGAACGAAGGCAUUAGAUGAAUAUUAUUCGUCCAAAUGAAUAUUAAAUUUUCUGUGUAGAAUCAUGAAAAA